AUGAUCGCUGACGCUUGGCUGAAACAUGAGAAGGAGCGCGCUUUGAUUUCCAAGUCUCCGAAGCAGGUCCUUGAAAUGAUGGAAGCCCAAUGGGAGACUGACAUGCGCAAGAACAUGAAUGAAACCUUGGUGAUGAAAGCUACCUUUGCACCACGUGGAACUAUGGUGAAGGAGAUUUACACGACCGUUGAGCAUGUACGUAAGGAAGCACUCCGACGUGGUCAUCGUGCAGGUAGUUCGCUCUCCUUGGAAUCAGGUUGGGACUUUCUUCAACCUGAACUGCUCGGCAACGUGUUCGUGAGGAGAAGCCUUAUUUCCUUGCGCUUGCUUUUCCUUGUGGCCCUUGGUCACCUCUGCAACGGUUGUCAAAGAGUUCUACCCUGCCAUCCUCAACGCCGAGCAGAAGCCAGAGUGUUGCUAGCCUUCGCCUUGCAAUUGGCACAGCUUCAACGUGCCGAAGGCCAACACUACCUCCUGGAGAAUCUCGUGGGGUCUGAGGCCUGGCGUGAGGAGAUCAUGAAAAAGUUCAUUGAGGAGGAGAUGGCUUACGUCUCCUUCGAUCAGUGCAGGUUCAACCUUCGGGGCUAUCUUGGAGGACUCCACAAGAAGCCAAGUCGAUUGGCUACCAGCUCCUUGGAAGUAGCUGGAGAGGUCUUCCUUCGGGGCAUGGAAAGACAGUUUGAGAAAGACUUCGGCAAGACCUCUCGAGUUGCAAAGGAAGUCACGGCCACCGAGGAUGUCACUGUGGAGGACGACCCGGUCCCUUUGAUGGCCGAUAGGUCUGAUGGUGACGAUGAGUUCAAGCAUGAUGAAUCGACCUCCAAGAUUCCUGCAAAUGUGAAGCAGAUGGUUGAGAAGCUGCACAUCAACACUGGCCACCGUAGCAACAAGCGCUUAGCUCGAGCUCUUCUGGUUGCUGGUGCUCCUGCGCAAGUGGUGGCAUGUGCAAAACGGCUCAAGUGUGCCGUUUGUCAGGAAAGAAAACCUCUAAAAGCUAGCAGACCUGCUUCACUGCCAAUGCCAAAAGACAUCAAUGACCAGGUGCACGUGGACCUCUUCGAGGCAUUUGACUCCGCUGGCACUCGCUACUACAUCGUCCACAUCAUCGACUGGGCGAGCAGGUUUCAAAUGGCUGAAGUCCUGGACGACAAGUCCUCAGCUUCUGUGGAACGCUUCCUGCAGAAACGUUGGAUGCAUGGUGAUGUUUUGGGUGAUGUUCGACAACGUUUGCUGGAUUCCUCACCUUCCUUGGUUCGGCAGAUCGCAAUUCGCGAGACGGCCAAAGUGGCGAUGUUGCGGUUGCACUUCUCCCGAAUUGGUGGCAGCUAUGCAACCUUCAAGACAGGGUUCUGUCGUUGCUUUGUCACGGAGGAGCUUAUGGGAUCUGGGACCAUGCAACCUGGCAGUGCGCAGACUGGCGCACCAGCACCUGGAACAUCUGUGGUCCUUCGAGCAAGUCAGGUUCCUUCCUCACCGAGUAUGUCUCCUGGCUUGGAGCGCCUCAUGGAGCGUGCGAGAAAUGUAGAUGAAGAAGUGCAAAGCGCUCACAGUGGCGAAAGUCGCAAGCGUGCUGCAGAUGUUCCUUUGAGCACUCUGGAUGAAUCUGAGAUUCCCCCUCCACCUGGCGGUCCACUUCGUGAGACUUUGGCGAUGGACCAAGCGACUGUUGAGUGCUUUGAGGAUGAGUUCAACUAUGGUGGAGUGCACCCUUUGAAAUGGAUCUAUGAGAAGGCAGCUCAUGACCGUUGGACCCUGAGAAUGCCAUUGUCUUUGACCACAGCACUUGGCGUGGCAACUGGCCGCUUCCUAGCAGGAGCGAAUGGCAAGGUCGACGGCAACUUCGUUUGA